AUGACAACAAAAGCACAACAAGUUACAGAAGUAUCACAGGUCAUAGAAAAGCAGCAGGUUGUAACAGAAGGAACACAGAUUACAGAAAAGCAGCAGACUACAGAAGGACAGCAGGUAACAACAAAAAUGCAACAGGUUACUGAGAGACAGCAGGUUACAACAGAAGCGCCGCAGGUUACAGAAAGGCAACAGACUACAGAACUAAAUGAGUGCAAAACAUCACAAGAAAUUACUAAUCAAAAUAGCCAAAAGUUGAGCUUAGAGCUAAUUAUAGCUGUAAAAGAAUCCAACCUUGAUAAGGUUAAAGAGUAUAUUAAUAAGGGUGCUGAUGUAAAUACUAGAGAUUAUUAUCACUGGCAUGAAAACACGAUUCUUCAUUGGGCUGCUAAAAAAGGUUUUGUGGGUAUAGCAAAGUUUUUAUUAGAUAAAUGUGCUAAUGUGAAUUUUAGGAACACAUUCGAUGAUACUCCUUUACAUCUUGCUGCUGAAAAUGGUCAUUUAGAUAUAGUUAAAUCUCUUGUAGAAAAAGGAGCUAAUGUUAAUGCUAAACGCAGACAUGGCUUGACUCCUUUACACUUUGCUGCUAAAAAUGAUCACUUAGAUGUAGUUAAAUACUUAGUUGAUGAGAAAGGUGCUGAUUUUAAGGUUAAGGACAAUGAUGGCUGGACUCCUUUACACUUUGCUGCUAAAAAUGAUCACUUAGAUGUAGUUAAAUACUUAGUUGAUGAGAAAGGUGCUGAUUUUAAGGUUAAGGACAAUGAUGGCUGGACUCCUUUACACUUUGCUGUUUACAGUGGUCACUUAGAUAUAGUUAAAUACUUAAUUGAUACAAAAGGUGCUUAUUUUAAUGUUCAGGAUGCAGGUGAUUUCCAUGGUUGGACUCCUUUACACAGGGUUGCUGAUAAUGGUCACUUAGAUGUAGUUAAAUACUUAGUUGAUGAGAAAGGUGCUGAUUUUAAUGUUAAGGACAAUGAUGGCAUGACACCUUUACACGUUGCUGCUUCUGGUGGUCACUUAGAUAUAGUAAAAUAUCUUAUAGGGGAAGGCGUUGAUGUAAAUGCUGAGAAUAAAGUCCGGAAUACUCCAUUACAUAUGACUGCUUGGAGGGGUCACUUAGAUACAGUUAAAUACCUUGUAGAAAAAGGAGCUGAUAUUAAUGCUAAAAAUAAAUAUAAUGAAACACCUUUAGGUUUAGCAGGAACACAUGAUGUAGUUAAAUAUCUACAAGGACUAGGUGCUAGUCGUAGCCGCCGUUCUGUAACAGGAAACCAACAAGGAAAAUUAUCAUUAUUAAUAAAUGAUAGAGUUAUGAAUUGGAUUAAAGGUUCUACAGAAUCUCCAGCUUUACUUACUUCUAAGGAGCGUAGCACUAAUCAUGACAAUACUAUUACGUUUGCACCAGAGAUAAAUGCUACUGUAAUAAACAACGCACUGCUGUUAGGUAUGUUUGCUGCUAGUGUAUUCAAUAAAACACAAAGUAAGCAACAACCAACUCAAGAGAACCUUUUGUCGCCAGCUCAACAAUCGAUGUUGAAGAAUGGAGUUGAUGAGUAUGCAAUUAAAAAAGCUAUAGAAGAGGGCGAGAAGAAGUAUGGGGUUUCACCUGCUACUUAUAUUGAUAAUGUAUCGCUUCAUAGCAAUGAAACUGGGUUACAGAAGUAG